CCUAUAAAACCCUAAUAUAUAAAUUCUUUACUCAAUUUUCGCUUCCUUUCUACUCGCCCUCGUCGUACCCUCUUCAGAGAUUCAAAAGGACUUCCGGCUUUACUCAUAAAUUCAGAGAGUCACCAUGUCUGGGGAAGAAGCUGCUCCUGCUGUUGUUGUUCCUCCUGCUGCUGAGCCAGCUGCAAUUCCAGAGGACAUGGAUCUGUUGACUGCAUUGGAGCUGACUCUAAGGAAAGCCCGUGCUCACGGUGGUGUGACUCGUGGUCUCCAUGAAAGCGCCAAGCUUAUCGAGAAGCGUGUUGCUCAGCUCUGUGUCUUGGCUGAAGACUGCAACCAGCCCGAUUACGUCAAGCUUGUCAAAGCUCUAUGCGCUGAUCACAACAUCAACUUGCUUACUGUUCCAAGUGCCAAAACCCUCGGUGAAUGGGCUGGUCUUUGCAAGAUCGAUUCAGAGGGUAAUGCAAGGAAGGUUGUUGGAUGCUCGUGCCUUGUUGUCAAGGAUUACGGUGAGGAGACAACUGCACUCAACAUCGUCAAGAAGCAUAUUGAAUCUAACUAAAAUCAGCAAAGUCAGAUUUCAGAUGCUAUUUCCUCUUGUUUUCUUUGUUUUUUUUUUUUGUUAUUAUACUUGUUUAGUUGACAUGUCUUGAUAUUGUUUGGGACAACAACUUUUUGAUGUUAUCUAGCUCAUAUUUAAAACUCGCCAAUUCACACAUCAGAAGUUUAUGUAAUCUGCUCCCAUGGGAAAAUUAUACGUUCCAAUAAACUUGGAUUUUGAUACA